AUGAUACAGUCGUAGUUGAGCAGCUGAAACAAUUACACGUGUUUACUAAGUUGUCUCGUGAACAAAACACUCAAUUGUAUUAAUUCUAAUAUUAGGUAUCUACAAUGGAAAGAGAAUUAAAUGAACGCGAUAGAGCAGGAGUAUCGGAUGCGGUUUUACUUGAAGAUUAUACCAAUGAAAAUUCGUUCAUUGAAAAUCUUGAAAAAAGAUUUAACGAAAAUAUAAUUUACACAUAUAUUGGUCAAGUGCUGAUAUCAGUUAAUCCUUACAAAGAACUAUCCAUCUACUCUGAAGACGAUAUUGAAGCUUAUAGGAAAAAGUAUUUUUUCGAGGUAUCUCCUCAUGUUUUCUCCAUAAGUGAUAACGCUUUUCGAUUACUGAUAGAGGAAAGCAGAAGCCAAUGUAUUUUAAUAUCAGGCGAGAGUGGAAGUGGAAAAACCGAGAACUCAAAGAAAGUGUUGCAAUAUAUUGCUGCCGCGUCAGGUCAUAUUCAAAGCGUUGAAUCUGUUAAGGAUAAACUUUUGCAAACAAAUCCGAUUCUUGAAGCUUUCGGAAAUGCCAAAACAAACAGAAAUAACAAUUCAUCGCGUUUUGGAAAGUACAUGGAUAUUAACUUCAACUGGCAAGGCAUUCCUGAUGGAGGAAACAUAUUAAACUAUCUACUGGAAAAGUCCCGUAUAAUCCAUCAAAAUGCGAAUGAGAGAAAUUUUCAUAUUUUCUAUCAACUGUUGAAUGGUGCUGAUGAUUCCCUAUUAGAAAAGCUGCACCUUAAGCGAGAUUUAAACAGCUAUACAUACUUAAGUCAUGGCGAUAAAGUCGGCAAUAUGAGCGAUAAGAAUUUAGACGAUGCUUCAAACUUUAAAAUUGUCAAUAACGCAUGGAAUACAAUGGAAAUGCCAAAAGAAGAACAAAAUUCGCUAAUUGAAAUUAUUGCAAGUGUUUUACAUCUUGGAAAUGUAACCUUUGGAGAGGAUGAACUUGCGAAAGCUACUGUUUAUGAAAAUGAACAUGUUCAUGCAAUUUCAAAUAUUCUUGGAAUAAAUCUUGAUAAACUGAAGCAUUCUUUAACACAUAGAACAAUUGAUGCAAAUGGAGAUUUGGUAACAUCACCAUUAGACCGAGACAUGAGUUUCUAUGGUCGAGAUGCAUUAGCGAAAGCAGUUUAUGCUCGACUUUUUGACUGGUUGGUCAAAAGAAUCAAUACAUCGCUUCAUACUCUAUCUUGUGAAGCUAUCAAUCACCAUGUCCUAGGUAUUCUUGAUAUCUACGGCUUUGAAGUUUUCGAAACAAACAUGUUUGAACAGCUUUGCAUCAACUUCUGCAAUGAGAAAUUACAACAGCUUUUUAUUGAACUCACUUUAAAGCAAGAGCAAGAAGAAUAUUUGAGAGAAGGAAUCGAAUGGACACCAGUAAGUUACUUUAACAAUAAAGUCAUUUGCGACUUGAUUGAAGAAAAACAUGUUGGAAUUAUUGCCUUGAUGGAUGAAGAAUGUUUGCGUCCUGGUGAUGCAACAGAUUUGACAUUCUUAGAUAAAAUGAAUGAUCGUCUUGCAUCACAUCCACAUUAUAUAUUUAACAGCUCAAGAGCUAGUCUUCAAAUCCAAAAAUUAGUAGGUCGUAAUGAGUUCCAAUUACGUCAUUAUGCUGGAGACGUUAAAUACAAUGUUGAGGGAUUCCUAGAUAAAAAUAAUGAUUUGCUUUUCAGAAAUUUGAAAGAAGCUAUGUCUCUUUCUGAUAAUAUUAUUUUGAAAGGUUUAUUCCCAUCAAGUGAAUAUUUAACAUCCAGAAAACGUCCAGAUACUGCCAUUACACAGUUCAAAAAUUCGUUGAACAAUCUAAUGGAAAUUUUGAUUUCCAAAGAGCCUUCUUACAUUCGUUGCAUUAAACCCAACGACAUCCAAGGUCCAAACAGCUUCAAUGUUGAAUUGGUACGUCAUCAAGUUAAAUACUUAGGAUUAAUGGAAAAUUUAAGAGUCCGAAGAGCUGGCUUUGCUUAUCGACGAACAUAUGAAGCAUUCUUAGAGCGCUAUAAAUGUUUGAGCAAAAAAACAUGGCCAAAUUGGAAAGGCGAUCCUAGAGUAGGUGUUCAAAUAAUUGCGGAUGAAUUAAGCUAUGGAACAAAUGAUUAUAGAAUGGGGAAGACAAAAAUAUUUAUUCGUUUGCCAAAGACAUUGUUCCAGACAGAAGAUGCAUUCCAACUCAGGAAAAAUUAUGUUGCAUCUUUGAUUCAAGCACGAUGGAAGGGAAAAUUACAGCGUAGAAAAUAUGAACAGUUGAGAGCGGCAGUUAUUAUUACACAAACAUUUUGUCGACGCUAUUUAGCUAAAAAGCGUCUAGCAGAACGUCGAGCUGCUGUUGAACGUAUUCGUUACUUUAUUAAAGGUUUUAUUACGCGCAAUCAAUCACCGAAUGAGUGUAAUGAACAUUUUGUCAAGCUUGUCAAGCAUUUAUGGUUAAUUCGUUUAUCGAAACAAUUACCCAAAAGCUUUAUGAAUCACGUUUGGCCAAAACCAGCAGCUCAUUGUGAGGAAGCAUCAGAACAUUUAAGAAAAAUGCAUUUGCUGUAUUUAGCAAAAUUAUAUCGCGAUAGAAUAUCAGCUGAAAGACGUAAAGAAUUCGAACUAAAGAUAUUAGCUGAAGAAAUUUUCAAGGGAAAGAAGAAGAAUUAUGAAAGGAGUUUACCAUAUUGGUUUGUUAAAGAUCGUGUUUCUGAUAUCCAUAAACCACAAGUUUCAUCAUUCAUCACAUCCUCCAUGCAAGGAGAAAGAGCUAUUUAUUCAACAAAUUGCAUGAAAUACGAUCGUCGAGGAUAUAAGCCACGUGACAGAGUUCUUAUAAUUGGUGAAAAGAACUUGAUCCUUUUGGAUUCAAAGACAUAUAAAGUCAAGCAUAAGAUUCCAUUUAACAAAAUUCCAAACAUUGUCGUUACUAAAGAGGGAGAUAAUCUUAUGCUUAUCAGAAUACCCGCAGAGCUGAAAAAAGAUAAAGGAGAUUUGAUUUUGGACAUUCCACAGGUCAUUGAGUGUUGCAUCUGGAUAAUAACUGCAUCAAACAAUAAGAACAUAAUUGAAAUUAUGGACAGUGCUUCAUUCUCACAUAACAUGAGAUCUGGAAAGACAGGAAUGAUUCAAGUAGAGAAAGGAACUGCAAGUAUUACCACUAUAACACGUGCCAAAUCUGGAAAUUUGCUAGUGAUUGCUGCACAGUAAAAUAAAGAUGAACAUUCAUUUAAUUUAUAUUGUUAUUUGCUUAAUAAAUUUAUAUGGUUGUUGUAUUGUAUAUUUUUG